AUGCAGGCCUCCACCACCGGCGCGGGCGCAGGGGGAGCCGGGCCGGCGUCGCCUGAGUAUGCCUCCGUGCGGUCGAGCGUACAGCUGAGCGCGGACCUGAGCAACGACCUCGCUUUCCUCGAGUCUCUCAGGGCCAGUGUACGCGCCAAUCUGAUAGUGCGACCUCUGGAGGGCGGGAGGCCGUUGAGCUUUGCGAGCGAGAGCACGACGAGUCCGACGGAUUCCAUGUACUUUACGCCGACCAGUGCGACCUUUUCGACAUACUCGCACGCUUCGGAUACGGACAGGGAGGAUGAUGGAGAGGAGGAGUCGGAGCGGGAGGCGGAGAGGGAAAAGGCGGAGGAAUACGAGCCUUUUAUGCUGAGCGCGCAGAGCAUCGCGCGUGGGCUAUACACGAUCGAGGUGGAUCGCAGGGGUCAUCCACGCAAAUGCGUCUUACACAGUUGCUCCUUCACCACCCCUAACGAAUCCGACGCAUCAUGGGUCGCUACCCCUUCUCUCGCUUCGCUGUUGAACAGUGUCGGCGCCAACGUCGGCUUGGGACUUGAAGCCGCGAAGCAUCUCGCCAGGAUGGAGCCGGGCAAGCUCGUGCUCGCAUGUCGCAGCAUCAAGAAGGCGGAGGAUGCAGGGAAAGAGAUUCAGAAGGAGACUGGCUUCAGUCGCUUAGGGGCAUACGCCGUCGACCUGUCAGUCUUCUCGUCGGUCAACGCAUUCAUCGAGGAGUUCGAGAGUAAGGAGGAGCGGCUUGACAUCUUGAUCUACAACGCCGCAAUUGCUACGGGGCAGUAUCGAGCUACUGGUGAUGGCUUCGAGGAGACGAUUCAAGUCAACGACCUGUCGUGCGCGCUAGUCUGCGUCGGCCUUCUCCCCCUCCUGCUCAAGACGUCGGAGGCUACUGCGUCUGCCUCUCACCGUCCCCGCAUCACCGUCGUCUCGAGUGCCGUGCACUAUUGGACCAAGCCAACACCAGAGCAACUCUCCAGCCCCAACUACCUACUCAAGAUCAACGACGCCGAGCACUGUAAGGAACCCGGAGUUAUGGCGGUACGGUACCCCGUAUCUAAGCUCCUUAACGUCUUGUUCGUCCGCGAACUAGCUGCGCGCGUACCUCAUUCGAAACUCAUCGUCAACUGCCUGAAUCCCGGAUACUGUUACUCUGCUUUGCGAAGGAACAUGCCCUUCCUAGCCAGCUUGCGCAUGUCUCUCAUGGACUUCUUCAUCGGGAAUACGACCGAGCAAGGUGGAAGGAGGGUUGCGUGGACCGCCGUUGCUUUGCGCCACUGCGAGGAGAGAAUGCAUGGCGCGUACACGUCGUACAUGGAGAUCACGGAGGAAAGUGACUGGGCCAUCUCGGAAGAGGGUUAUGCAACCCAGAAACGACUCUGGAACGAGUCGGUCGAUGUGCUAGCCAAAGUCUCACCAAAGUUCUCGCAAGUCAUCCAGACGCAUCUCCAGUAA